GAAAGACGCAAUUUGGGUCGAUAGUCCUGGCGCGAAACCUUUAAAUUUACACACUUCAUAAAAUCAACACGUUACACUUGAAUAUUAGACUGAAUAUUAGACCGCUGGACAACAGACAACAAAUCUGAACCUGAAGAUAAACAUGUCAGAGACGAAGCGGUGAGUUCGCUAUUGUUUUGUUUUGUUAUCAUGUGUCAGAGGUCGCCGGUUUGGCGGUGAUGUGUGACGAAACGAAGAUGAGCGAGACCGGAGCGGAGAGAAACCGGGACAUGAAGCCGCGGAGGUCGGUGUGUGUGUAUGAUUGCAGACCGGAGAGCAGCGCCGCGACGCCGCGGACCGUCGACAUCUCGGAGGCGGACUACAGCGGCUUCCUGCGGGCUCUGAGACAGGAGUUUUCACUGUCGACAAACGAGACUUUUGUUAUCAGCACGACGGACCGAGGAGAGAUCGACGCAGAACUUUACAGUAAGAGCUCAAAACUUUUAUUUUGA